UAUGCAUGUUCGAUCGAACGUGACUGAUGUGACUCGUCGAUGUCAUAAACAAACGGGCAAUUGUUAUUGGGAUGUGCCUAAACUCGAUCGCUCACAAGCUCACCGGGGGGUCUACGCUGAAUUGUACUCGUUGGAAGUAUCAGUAUAUUUGAAUCGCUUAGUCCUGGAAAAUUUUGGAAUGUCGUGGGUUCCGUUCGUUCACACUGAAUCAAAAACAGACCCAAAGUGCGGUAGUUUCAAAGACUCUCCCGCCGUAAGAAGAGAAUCUUACUGUCAAUUUUAGGAAUAGCAGAUACUUGUGAAAAUUUCAAGGAUGCCAGCACCACCACCUCCUCCGCCUCCUGCCUUUAGUGCAUCCAGCUCUGGUCCUGGAGAUCAAGACAGGGGUUUACUUCUUCAAUCUAUUAGGGCUGGAAAAGCUUUAAAGAAAACUGUCACUGUAGAUAAGAGUGGACCUGCAAUUGGCGGUAGAGUCAAAGGUGAACCAGGCAAUUCCUCUUCUCCGAGCAAUAGGGAAACUAAUAAUCCUAAUAUAGUAACCAGUGGCAGCAAUAAUACAAAUAAUGGAGGACCCAUAGGAUUAGGUGGAUUAUUCUCUAGUGGUAUGCCAAAGUUAAAGCCUACAGGACUUAGGCCAACUUCAGGUGAAAAGGACAACACCAACAAUGUAAAUAAUACAAAUUUCAAUCAACCGACUACACCUAGCGUAAAACGUGGUCCUCCUCCAGUUCCACCACCAGCUACACAAAAACCACAAGUAUUUGGUCAGAAGACCAAUUUGCCCCAGAGUCAAAGCACCACAGACUCGGCAAAUUCCAAUGCUGAAGCACCCAAAGGAUUUGGGAAACCAACCCUUGCACCCAAGCCACCUUCCACGCCAUCGAGUACAGCGCACAAGCCAUCUCCACCUCCUAAAAAGUUAAACUUAACUACAGGAGGAAGUGUAUCAAGAGCGCAAAGUAUGAGGUUACUUAGAUCACCUCCUGUGCUUACUCCAACCCCAUCAUCUCUUCAUCAAUCGCAGGAUUGUUUGAACGAAAGUCAACCGAGGCCUGCGAAUCGAAUUCUUAGACCACCAGUAGCUAAGCCUCCAUCUCCGCCUACUUCCAGAACAAACACCUCAACCAGUACAGCGACAAGAACUGCACCACCACCGCCUUCCAGAGUAACAGUUAGUGCUCCUUGUAUACCACCUCCUCCUCCUCCUCUUCCACAUCGACCUGCACCUGUUCACCAGAGAUUAGCUCCACCGCCACCUCCACCACCAACACCUCCUACAAGGAGUUCUUCGAUGCGCAAUGGCCAAGCCAUGAGCACUCUAGAUUUAGAGUUACGAUUCGCAGAUAUGUUUCAUUCCAUUGCGAAUUUUCCGCCACCGGAGCCAUUCAAAGGAUUCCCGAAAGUCUACAGCAGCAGAAACGCUGCGAAACAGCAAGCUCCUGCACCACCCCUGCAAACGUCUUCUAUAUCCAAUACAAUGGUACCAUUAAACACAUCGUCUGGGGGUUAACCGUGGCAAUACAAUACGACUUCUCUGGCACAUUAAAUAUU